AAAGCAACAACUGCAAAUUGUAAGAUAGCAAAAAUAUCUGGCAGGAUCCAGGGACAAAUCAAUCUUCUCUCUUAACAAUCGCCUCUACAAGCUACAAUAGUAUCAUGAACACUUCACUUUUCAUUCUUGCAGCUCUUUUUGCCGUGGUCUUUGGUGCUCCUCUUAGCAAUAAAGAGAAGCAGCGAGUAGCUGUUCUGGGCAACUUCACAGUUUCAGAAGGAGUAGUACACAACGAACUUGUUGUCCCACCUAAGAAUUGCAAAGCAAUACAAGAGAAUGAUCCCAAUGCAGUUUCUGGGAUAUACGAAGUCCAGUCGAGCAAUGCACGUACAUACAAGGUUUUCUGCGACAUGGACCUUCAGGAAGGUGGAUGGACCGUCAUCCUCAGACGUACAGAUGGAUCCGUCAACUUCAACCGUGAUUGGAGUGAGUACAGAACCGGCUUUGGGAACCUCCUAAAUGGGAACUACUUCCUCGGGCUGGAGAACAUCAACGCACUUACCGACCCUAAUAUUGGAAAGUUCGAACUUUGGGUCGGUCUUUUGAAGCACGAUCUCCCAAACCUUCCUCAUUUUAGGCACAUUGCUACCUCCUCUUUCGCACACUACAAAAACUUCAGAGUAGGAGAUGCACAAUCCCUCUAUCAGCUAACUGUCUCAGAGUACCAGGAAAGCAGUACAGCAGGGGAUUCACUUAAAGCUCACAACUCUGCACCAUUCUCCACACCAGACCGUGAUAAUGACAAGGACAGGGAGUCCUGUGCUCAGAAGUUCAAGAGUGGCUGGUGGUUCACUAACUGCCUUGAGUCCAAUCUUGCUGGAGUAUGGAGAGCAAAGGCAGAGGGAGAAGCAGAUCAAGGAAUCGUAUGGGAGUCAUUUUCUGGAGAUAGAAAUUCACUCAAGUCAGUCGUGAUGGCUGUCAGACCUCUGCAGGAAUAAGGAGUGACAAGAUGAAGAUGAAACUGAGCAGGGAUCAGUUUUUGCUUAGAUUAAUUGACUUUCGUGGGCAUAAUUUUCACUUCCUACCUUUUACAUUGUGCACGCAUCUUAAUCGUAAUAAUUACUAUUGCAGAAAUCUUUUGUAAUUGUUAAAGUAUAAAGUAUAAUGCAUUAUAGAUUUACAUGCAUAAAUUUUUGUAUUUUUUAAUACCAUAUUCUACUAUUGCUACAUAAUUUUACACUUUGCAAUAAUUUUUUGUGUCCUUAAAA